CCCCCCCCCCCCCAGAUGUGGAGGAAGGCAAGAGGCACAGCUGUAACAAGAAACUUUUCCGUGUCGGAAAACAUUGUUCCUCGCCACGAGACCCCAAACAGAGCCACAGUUUUGCCCCCGAACAAAAUGAAUCACGGCGAUGCUUCCGAGGGCGGCGUGGCGUGAACGGAACGCAGCUCCCCUCCCUCCGACUUGAGCGAGUCCUUUCCGUGCGCCGCGGAGGGACGACCGGACGGUGGAGCCCGCCUCCUUUUCCCGGCCUCCGCCGACGCCGCCACUUCUGCUUUCCAACCCGGAGGAAGUGCCUGGGCGCCCCCUCGCUUCCUGCCCUGGACCAGCCGUCUUUGGCCGGGCACUCUUCUCGCUUCCGACGUCGUCGCGGCGCUGCCAUGGGAGGCAAGAACAAACAGCGAACGAAGGGCAACUUGCGGCCUUCUAGCAGUGGUAGAGCAGCAGAACUACUUGCAAAAGAGCGAGGAACUGUUCCUGGGUUCAUUGGCUUUGGCACAUCUUCAAGUGACCUAGGAUAUGUUCCUGCAGUUCAGGGAGCUGAAGAAAUAGAUAGCCUUGUAGAUGCUGACUUUCGAAUGGUGCUGAGAAAACUCUCCAAAAAAGAUGUAAUAACCAAAUUAAAGGCUAUGCAGGAAUUUGGUACAAUGUGUAAAGAGAGAGAAACAGAUAUUGUUAAAGGAGUUCUACCUUAUUGGCCUAGAAUUUAUUGUAAAAUUUCUAUUGAUCAUGACCGCAGAGUUCGAGAAGCAACACAGCAAGCUUUUGAGCAGCUUAUUCUGAAAGUUAAGAAACAUUUGGCUCCUCAUUUAAGAAGUCUUAUGGGACACUGGCUGAUUGCUCAGUGUGACAUUUACUCUCCAGCGGCUUCAGCAGCAAAAGUGGCAUUUGAAAAAGCGUUUCCACCAAGUAAACAACCUGAAGCCUUAGUGUUUUGUAAAGAUGAAAUUUUGAGUGUGCUACAAGACAAUCUUUUGAAGGAAACUCCUGAUACACUAAGUGACCCACAAACUGUGCCAGAGGAAGAAAGGGAAGCCAAAUAUGUUCGAAUUCUGACCUGUUCUUUGCUAGCUUUAAAGAAAUUGCUUUGUAUGUUGCCCAGCAAUGAGAACAGCUUAUUGGUGGAGAAGCUGAAGCCUCUACUAUCUCCAAACAAAUUCUGGAAAUAUGGAAAACAUAAUACGCCACAGGUUCGUUCAGCCUACUUUGAGCUGAUUUCUGCUUUUUGUCAGCACAUACCAGAGACCAUGAAUGCUGAAGCAUCAAGGGUUUGCCCAGCAGUUCUUCUUAGCAUUGAUGAGAGUGAUGCCAUUGUAUGCCCUGCACUUUGGGAAGCUGUACUUCAUGUCCUUACUACCAUUGAGGAUUGUUGGAGUCAUGUGAAUGUAGAAAAGGGGGUCCUGCCGAAGUUAUGGGCACUGCUUCGAGAAGGAGGACGAGGUCUUGCUACUAUUAUAUAUCCUAAUCUCCUGCCAUUUAUAAGCAAGAUACCACAUAGUAUGACAGAACCAAAGCUGGAGUUUUUAACAGUGUUUUUCACUUCCAUAAUUCAAGGGUUGUUGACUGAAAGAACAAUAGUUUGCCGUUCAGAAUGUUCAGCAAUCAUAACAGCAUUUGUAGAAUGCUUUCAGUUUACAGUACUACAUUAUACAGGUGAAGAAGAAGAACAAAUAAAGAUACAGGAAAUGCUUAUAAAUGACCAGUUAAUUCCAUUCAUCGACAUGGUGCUUAAAGAACCCAGGUUACAAAAUGGUCCUUUUUUUUAUGAGAUAGCAGACAUUUUAAUUUUUUGGAAAACAAGAGCAGAAAUGUCAAGCACUGGUGGAACAGCUCCUACUUUUGAGAGAAUGUUGUUGAACUUUUGGGAAGGCCUUUCAAAUAUAUGUGUGGGACAUGUUGAUGUAAUAGAUGCAGAUGAGAAAUCCUUGGCUGCUCUGUCCUCUUUGCUACAAGUCCUUCAAAACCCAGAAAUCAAGAUGAAGCAAAAGAAAAGAAAAGCUGUAAAAAUCAGAUUUGUAGAAAACAGUGAAACUGAAAGCAAUAAUGUAGAUGAGAAUUGUGUUGAUAUGAGAAAUAGCAAUGAAACUGACACUCUUAUUUGUGGGAUUCAUGAGCAACAUCAUUCAUCUUCACAGAAUGAGCCUUUAGAAGAUUUAGUAUGUAAACUUGCAGAACUGAGUAUUGUAUAUACCAGUGAACAAAGAUCUGAUCGGCACUUAAAGUUUCUCUCUGCUCUACUCAGCAGUUUUGCUUCUAGUAGAAUCUUCCAGGUGUUGCUGGAAGAUAAGAGCAGUACUCAGGAAACUGUGAAACUUCAGUGUGAGAAUCCAGCUAUCCAGUUUCUAUAUGGAAGCCUAAUGGAAUGGCUGAAAGAGGACUGGAGAAAAGAGACGGACUUUUUGGUUGAUAUUUUGUAUAGCAUUCUCCAUUGCUGCAGCAGUGCUACAGAGAGAGAGAAUAUUCUCAAUGACUUAACAAAGAUGGAUCUGAAGUGGAAUAUUCUUCUUCAAAUCAUUCAAAAGGCAUGUUCAAGCUCUGAGAAACAUUCCUUGAGUUCUACUUGGCUGAAAGGAGAUGUGUUAGGUGAGAAGCUUGUAACUCUGGCUGAUGAUCUGUGCAGUACAAGCUUGAAAACUGCAGUAGCUUCAGAAGAAUCUUUUCAUUCUGAACGAUGGACUCUACUAAGUUUGGUAUUAUCUCAGAUGAUUAAAAAUGAGUCCUUGAUUGGUGAAAUUUAUGUUAAAAGGAUUAUUGAUAAACUUCAAACAGCUCUCUCUAAAGCUAAAGAUCUUUCAGAAGCUGGAAAUACAGAACCAUCGGUGUCUUUCAUCUGUGACAUAGCCUCUAAUUUUUUCAGCUCAGUUAAAGAAUGCUUGUUGAUGCCAUCAUCAGAGGAUUUGUUGUUCACCAUUUUCCAGUUGUGUGCACAGAGUCAGCAUAUAACACAUUUGUCAGAUUUCCUUGUAAAUAAGUUGAAGCAUACUUGGUUAUGUGGCUUAGCCUCGCUUGUGCAUCAGCUUAGUAAUAUGCAUAAAGAGAGUACCUUCCUACAGAAAUCUGCAUUCUGGGUGAAGAACCAGCUUCAAUCUUCAGUGCUGGAUGUUAAAAGUUUUCAGGUUUUGGUCUCCAUGGUCACUGACUUAUUUUCUAAACUCAUGGUAGCUGGUGAAGUUUCUGCCUGUAUUUUGAAAGAUUAUAUUGAAUGGCUCACUCCAAACAAGCUGGAAUGGGAAAAGUUACGGGAAUCUCUGUCUAGUGAGUGGUUAAGGAAACCGCUUUUGGAAGGAAGAUUGAGCAUGAAUUGUGAGAUACCUGGAACAGACCUGAAGCUUUGUGUAAUGACUAAACUUCCAAGCCAUCUGUGUACUGCAGCUCUCUUAAGUAGAAUGGUACUAUUGAUAUUGGAAAAAGGGAUAGUUUUUGAAAACCAUGAAGCUGAAAGAAGCAAAUUUGAAAAUAUCAUUGUAGAACAGCUGUAUGCUUUACAAUGGAUUGAAGAAUUGGCCAACCCACCUUGCCUGCUUCUUGACUUUCUUAAUCUCCCUGAAGUAAUGAGCGUCUCAUAUGAAAAAUUACAUACAUACAGUUAUAUCCCCUGCCUCUUACAAAUAUUAUUCAGUAGAUCAAAAGAGAGUGGACGACUCUGGGCUUUAACCAUGGCUAAACUGAUAGAUACAGAGAAAAUUUCAACUUGCAAGAUAAAAGCACUUUUCAAUAAUACAGAAAGGUUUUUUCCAUUAACGGAAGGCAGCCUGCACACACUUCAACAUUUGUCUCGAUUUUUACCUGAGCAAGAUAAGGACGAGCUUGUCUUUCAGUGUACUGCUAAACUAAUGACGUGCAGUGAAACCGAACUCUUCACUACUGAUGGAGCUUUUGGAAAUCUUGCUAUUUUAAAUUCCUGCUUGAAUUGUGGAAGCAUUGAUUGUGGAGAACUAAUGCCUGGAAUAUUAAAAAUCAUCAUAUCCUGGAGAAAUGAAUAUGAGGACAGCUUUCUUUUCAGUUGCAAUCUACAAGAUGGAAAACCAGAGUUACUUGGUUUCAAUAUAGAAAUGAUCCGUUUUCUCUCUCUGUUGUUAAAUAAUCCUUCCUCUUUGCUGGAGAGUGAAUGGGAUUUUGUCAUGUGUUCCAUGCUGUCAUGGUUAGAAACAACGAGUGACAGCCAGGCUGUCUUUCCUGUUGUGUUGGUGGAAGUAUUUGCCAGUGUCAGCUGUGACCUGAGUGCUGCUUUGAGUUCAUAUUUCCAGUCAGCAACUCCUGAAAUCAUUGAAAAACUUCCAGCAAACCUCAUAACUGAAUGGCAGGACUUCUUUUCUGAAGGCAUUCAUAGUUUACUUUUACCUUUGUUGGUAAAAGUCACAAGAAAAGAAAAAGAUGCCCUGGAAGCAUCAUUUCAGGACUCCAUAUUGAAAUCUUUGGGUAAAGCUUUAACGUACAUAUCAAAGGAUCAACUACUGAAUCAUAAACUUCCUGCCAAAUUUGUUGCUGGCCAGAAGACAAACCUCCCUGAAAAACUACAGACCUUGUUAAAUACGCUUUCUCCUUUACUGCUCUUCAGAUCUAGACCCGUGCAAAUCAUAGUAUACCACAUGUUAAAUGAAUUAAUGUCUGAUUUGCCUAAAUUUGACAAUGAGGCUCUCAAAUCCUAUGGUGAUGAAGAAGAGGAACUAUUGCUGUCUCCACCAGCAGCUCUUAUGACUGUUCUCACUGCUCAAGAAGACUUACUAGAAAAUAUCCUAGAAUGCAUUCCAGUUGGAGAGUUUGCAGCUGUUCAGCCACUGAGUGAGGAGUUUUGUCUUGUUUUAGGAUACCUGCUUACUUGGAAAUUAAUAUUAACUUUCUUCAAGGCAGCAUCUUCUCAGCUGCGAGUUCUUUACUCACAAUACCUACGAAGAACUAAGAGUUUGAAUAAACUGUUGUGUCACCUGUUCAGGCUUAUGCCAGAAAACCCAGCCUUCCCAGGAUCAACAGCUGACCUUCCAAAUAAGGAUGUAAAAACCUACUUUACAGAAGAGCUUGAUUUAGACAUCAAAGAAACCUCAGCGCUGUCAUCACACAUCCCACAUUUGGCUUGCUCUGUUUACUGUAUGACGUUAAAAGAUCUGCCAGCAAUGGUUCGCCUUUGGUGGAAUAGCUGUGAGAAACGAGUCUUCAACAUUGUAGAUAAAUUUACAAGCAAAUAUGUCAGCAGUGUCCUUUCUUCGCAAGAAAUAUCUUCUGUGCAGACCAGUACACAGUUAUUUAAUGGGAUGAUGGUAAAAGCUCGAUCUGCUACUCGAGAAGUCAUUGCUACUUAUUCUGUUGACGAUAUAUUUAUUGAACUGAUAAUACAGCUUCCUCCAAAUUACCCACUUGGCUCUAUAGUUGUUGAGAGUGGAAAGAGAGUUGGUGUAGCAGUUCAGCAGUGGCGCAAUUGGAUGCUGCAGUUGAGCACGUAUCUCACUCAUCAGAAUGGAAGCAUUAUGGAAGGCUUAGCGUUAUGGAAAAACAAUGUGGAUAAACGUUUUGAAGGAGUUGAAGAUUGCAUGAUCUGUUUCUCAGUCAUACAUGGUUCCAACUACUCUCUCCCCAAAAAAGCUUGCAGAACAUGCAAGAAAAAGUUUCAUUCAGCCUGUCUGUACAAAUGGUUUACAUCUAGUAACAAGUCUUCCUGUCCACUUUGUCGAGAGACCUUCUUCUGAAAUAUAUCUCCUUCUUUGCUGUAAUGAACUUCUCAAACAAAAUAAAUAGACAAUCUCACCUUGGUUUA